UCCGCAGAGCCGAUAGAAGAUUUACAUUUUGAGCUCCUCCCUGAAAAGAGCUACAGCCUCUUUAGAGAGGUCGGCUUUCCGCUAUGUCGCGUUGACGCUGCAACUCAGGAGCUCAUGCUAAUCAACAGAAGGUUCUUCACCACUUCCUGAAGAAGGGGCGAAUCCACACUGGAAACCCCAUUGAGAUGCUCCCACUGCUGUAGCAGAAAUAUGGCACUAGAGCUUCCACCCUGAAGAGCAAACAUUUCCUGCUCAUGUGUCAAGAGUCCAUCAGGUCACCCCCUUUGACUCAUCCAAUCCAGUGUAUUAGUUCCAGUGGAGAGACACCUGUAACACCUUAUACCUCUGUGUGGUGAAAGCCCUCACUGAGCUUGUUCAGUUUACUAAAGGUGGUGGCAGCUCUCUGUGUAUAAAUCCCACUCACCACGUUUUUCAGCUCCUUCGGGUUAAAAGUUGUGCAGAUAUGACCUCGGAGUGGGGCGAGAAGUCCACGGCGGACCUCAUGAGCAGAUACGCCUCUAAGGAAAUGGGACAAGGGGUGCCCAAAGAGGGGUGGCGGAUCUGUCUGGCGCACGAAUUCAAGGAGAAGAGGAAGCCCUUUCAGGCCAAAGAUGUCUCGCUGUCCAAUGUUGUGGAUCACAUCGGCCUGGGAAUCAGGUAUCUUAAAUGGUGGUACAAGAAGACUCAAGUGGAGAAGAAGGCUCCGUUCAUCGAUAUGUUUCGAGCUCUGCCUCUACGGCAAAUAUAUGGUGCUCCUCUCGGCGGCAUCGGAGGCGGCACCAUUACAAGAGGCUGGAGGGGGGAGUUCUGCAGAUGGCAGCUAAACCCGGGGAUGUACCACUACAAAACCGUCAUUGCCAACCAGUUCACUGUGUGUUUGCGCCGUGGAGGACAAACGGUUUACCAGCAGGUUCUGUCCGUGGAGCGUCCGCCAACGCUGCAAGGCUGGAACUGGGGCUACUGCGGAGAGUACGCCUUCUAUCACGCCUUGUACCCACGCGCCUGGACCGUGUACCAGCUGCCGGGCCAGAACGUCACCCUCACCUGUCGGCAGAUAUCCCCCGUCAUCCCUCAUGACUAUCAGGACUCGAGUCUCCCAGCGGCAGUAUUUGUGUGGGACAUAGAGAACAAGAACGACUACGCUCUGGAUGUCUCCAUCAUGUUUACAAUGGUCAACGGGUCGGGACACAAGGACGACAAGAGCGGCGGCCACUGGAAUGAGCCGUUCCACCUGGAGAAGGACGGGGAGGCGGUGUCCGGAGUCCUGCUGCACCACUGCACCGCGACGAACCCCUACACCCUGUGCAUCGCCGCGCGAGAGCAGGCUGACAGGGAGGUGAGCCAUCAGACGGCCUUCAGUCCAAAGGGAACCUGCAGCGGUCUGUGGAGCGACUUGAUCACUGACGGACGACUGGACUCCCCCACAGGAUCCAGCCCACCAACCCAGAAGGGAGAGAAGGUAGCAGCUGCGCUGGCGGUGAGCUGCUCGGUGCCGGCUCUUAAACUCAACAGCCUGGAGUUCUGCCUGGCCUGGGACAUGCCCAGAAUCACCUUCGGGUCCGGGGAGAGGGAACACGUCAGGAGAUAUGCUCGAUACUUUGGGGACAAAGGAGAUGCAUCUCCGUCCCUCAGCCAUUACGCACUGACACACUACAAACAGUGGGAGAAAUCCAUUGAGGAGUGGCAGAGACCCAUUUUACAGGACAGUUCUCUCCCGCCUUGGUACAAGUCUGCUCUGUUUAACGAGCUGUACUUUGUGGCGGACGGAGGAACCGUGUGGACGGAGCUUUCGGAGGACGCUGACAUCAGCGGCGGUGUGCGCAGUGAGGACGGCGGUCUGCCAGCUCAGCCUGCUCUCGUCAAGGAGUACGGCCGAUUUGCUUACCUAGAAGGUCAAGAAUACAGAAUGUAUAACACGUACGACGUGCACUUCUACGCCUCCUUCGCACUUAUCAUGCUAUGGCCCAAGCUAGCCUUGAGUGUGCAAUAUGAUAUUGCUGGCACCGUGGUUCAGCAGGAUCCUACAGAGAGGCUGCAUCUGAUGAACGGCCGUUACUCUCCUGUCAAGACAAAAAACGUGGUGCCUCAUGACAUAGGAGACCCAGAUGACGAGCCUUGGCAGAGGUUAAAUGCUUACCUUAUCCACGACACCGCAGACUGGAAGGACCUGAACCUGAAGUUUGUCCUGCAGGUCUACAGGGACUUUCAUCUGACCCAGGACAGUCAGUACCUGCGGGACAUGUGGCCCAUCUGCCAGGCUGUGAUGGAGUCUGAGUUGAAGUUUGACCAGGACGGAGACGGCCUGAUAGAAAACUCUGGAUACGCAGAUCAGACGUACGAUGGCUGGACUGUGACUGGACCGAGUGCGUACUGCGGUGGGAUGUGGCUGGCGUCCCUGUGUGUGAUGUGUAAAAUGGCCAGACUGGUGGACAGUGAAGAGGCUUACAGGCGUUACAAGGACCUCCUGGAGAGAGGCAGUGCAGCCUUUGAUAAACUCUUAUGGAACGGAAAGUAUUACAAUUACGACAGCAGCGGGAGGGCGCUUUCUAACAGCAUCAUGUCUGAUCAGUGUGCCGGACACUGGUUCCUCAGAGCAUCUGGGUUGGAAAAAGAAGCAUACCAGGCAUUUCCCAAAGAAAAGAUCCGGCGCGCACUGAAAUCUGUCUUUGACUUGAAUGUAAUGAGCUUCUCUGAAGGCCACAUGGGCGCCGUUAACGGCAUGCGUCCUGAGGGAGUGCCCGACCACUCCAGCGUCCAGUCAGAUGAGGUCUGGAUCGGAGUUGUGUACGGGCUGGCAGCUACUAUGAUUCAUGAGGGUAUGUUGGAGGAAGGUAUGCGGACUGCAGAGGGUUGCUACCGAACAGUAUGGGAGAGGCUGGGGAUGGCCUUCCAGACUCCUGAAGCUUACUGCGAGAGGAACAUCUACCGCUCACUGGCCUACAUGAGGCCUCUUAGUGUUUGGGCCAUGCAGCUCGCUCUGGACACGUCCCAGAGGGACAACACUGUUCUAGCUAAAACCGGAGACAGCGGAGACAAUGGCGAAAUCAAAACCUGAUGUAUUACCUGCUGAAGAAAAACAAAACGGCGAUUCUCAACAAAAUUAACUGGGAAUUCCUUUCUCUUUAGUUUGUUUGGCUCAGUGGUUCAUUGUCUAAAUCGGACACUGUUAUAAUUAAACAAUCGUGUGUUAAAGGACUUUUCUCAUGGCACUGCAAGUUGUCUUACACUUUGUGUGGUUGGGCAUUUCUAAAACCAAGUCUCCAUGUAAAGCAAGUUAACAAUGCCAUCUUUUGUUUCAGCAAUAUGUUGUCACAUUGUGCACAUGUACAUAUGCAAGCACUACAUUUGAUAAUAUGCCAAUAGUAUUUACACAUUUGCAACGUCUGUAUGUAAUGUCAACUCCAGUUGUUAGAAUGCUGUUAAGCAGUGAAAUGUGUGAUGAGUGGUAUUUAAAUGUAUGGAAAAAAUAUUAACUUUUAUUGUUAUUAAAUAGAAUUUAGUGCCUUUGAGCAUGACUGUAAGCAUUCAGUACACACAUGUUGCUGCAACUUGUUUUUUUCCCUAAAUGAUAAUGACAAUCGCUCGGAAUAAAGGACUGAAAUUUAA